AUGGGCCCCGGGAGCCACCACCUCAGCCUCGGCCCCUCUGUCUCCAGCCUGGGCCUUCUGCUCCUGUUCCCACUCCUUCCAGAGUGCUUGGGAGCCGAGGGCAGGCUGGCACACAAGCUGUUCCGAGACCUCUUUGCCAACUACACAAGUGCCCUGAGACCUGUGGCAGACACAGACCAGGCCCUGAAUGUCACCCUGGAGGUGACACUGUCCCAGAUCAUCGAUAUGGAUGAGCGGAAUCAGGUGCUGACCCUGUACCUGUGGAUCCGACAGGAGUGGACAGACGCCUACCUACGAUGGGACCCCGACACCUAUGGUGGUCUGGAUGCCAUCCGCAUCCCCAGCAGUCUCGUGUGGCGGCCGGACAUCGUACUGUAUAACAAGGCGGAUGCGCAGGCCCCGGCCUCGGCCAGCACCAACGUGGUCCUGCGGCACGAUGGCGCCGUGCGCUGGGACGCGCCGGCCAUCACGCGCAGCUCCUGCCGCGUGGACGUGUCGGCCUUCCCGUUCGACGCGCAGCGCUGCGGCCUGACCUUCGGCUCGUGGACACACGGCGGGCACCAGCUGGACGUUCGGCCGCGCGGCACCGCCGCCAGCCUGGCCGACUUCGUGGAGAACGUGGAGUGGCGCGUGCUGGGCAUGCCGGCCCGGCGGCGCGUGCUCACCUACGGCUGCUGCUCCGAGCCCUACCCGGACGUGACCUUCACGCUGCUGCUGCGCCGCCGCGCCGCCGCCUACGUGUGCAACCUGCUGCUGCCCUGCGUGCUCAUCUCGCUGCUGGCGCCGCUCGCCUUCCACCUGCCUGCGGACUCAGGCGAGAAGGUGUCGCUGGGCGUCACCGUGCUGCUGGCGCUCACCGUCUUCCAGCUGAUCCUGGCAGAGAGCAUGCCGCCGGCCGAGAGUGUGCCGCUCAUCGGAAAGUACUACAUGGCCACCAUGACCAUGGUCACCUUCUCCACGGCGCUUACCAUCCUUAUCAUGAACCUGCAUUACUGUGGUCCCAGUGCCCGCCCCGUGCCAGCCUGGGCUCGGGCCCUCCUGCUAGGACGCCUGGCACAGGGCCUGUGUGUGCGGGAACGAGGGGAGCCCUGUGGGCAAUCUAGACCACCUGAGUCAUCCCCCAUUCCCCAGCCUCCUGACAGAGGCACUGGCCCCCCAACAGGUCCCUGCCAGGAGCCUCGGUGUCUGUGCCGUCAGGAAGCCCUACUGCAUCACGUGGCCACCAUCGCCAACGCCUUCCACAGCCACCGGGCUGCCCAGCGCCGCCAUGAGGACUGGAAGCGCCUGGCCCGUGUCAUGGACCGUUUCUUCCUGGGCAUCUUCUUCUCCAUGGCUCUGGUCAUGAGCCUUCUGGUGCUGGUGCAGGCUCUCUGA